UCUACCUCAAACGUGGUCAGAAAAAACCCCUAAAACCCUGAUGACGCUUUAUUGUGAAAGUCGUGAAUUCCAACGAAGUAGCGCUCGCAGUACAUUUCAGCUGGAUGCGCAGAGGUCGGUGGGCACAUGUAACACCCCACGACCUAAACCCAACGGUUUUUGCCGUUUGCAGGCGUUGUACUUGAACGAAAUCCUCCGAGAAAAUUGAUCAGAUCGACAUCAGAUGUGGGAUACAAGGAUCGACUGUAUAUAAACAAGCCCAGAGCUGAAGUGCUGCGGAGCCGCUUACUGCCAGUAUUGUCCGACCAACGACUACAGCCGGGCAAAAAUCUCCAUUGAUCGGAUCUGUGUUUAACGCUGCAACAAUGGACAACGUCGCUGUUUCAAGGCGAAACCACACCAAUAGGAAAGGAAACAAGGAGAAUGCUCAGCCCGCACAUGGAAGCAAGUCCUUUAUCAAGAGAGAGAAAACGUCGGUUGCGCCAUUCCGUCUGAAAAGCAACGAAAAAGAGGAGACGGUGGCAAAAAAUGGUCCUCUUAAAGCCAGGGCCAGACAGGUGGACGCAAGGUCAGCGUCUGGCGAGGCUCUAAAAAUGGCCAAGACCUUGGGGAGAGACGGGGAAGGCGCUGCUGCUUCUGAUGUCCCGCAGCGACAAACGUAUAGCCAGGCCUUCCUCACAGAGCAGGCCGUGAGGCACAAAAAAAUAGUCACAGAAGCUCCAAAGCCACCGGCUCCUGCGCUGUCAUCCAGACCUGCCCCCGGCAUGUUCAAAGGCAGGAUUGUCCAGUCAAAAAUUGGAUCCAUUUGGAAGUCAAGUGCCAGCUUGGACAGGGCAGAUCCCAAACCAUCAGCACCCAAAACGGAGAGCCAAAGGGUUGGAAAUCUGACAAAAAGCAGGUCCAAAUCUGUUGCUGACCUGCCUAGGAAUGGCGCGCACAAACCUGCGCCGACAAGGUCCAAGUCAGUGUUCGAUAGACCUGCUCAGGUGUCCAAGGCUGCGGUCACCAGCCGCCCUCCUGCUGGAUUCUACUCUGCUCGCCCUCCUGCCAGAACCCUCCCAGCAACACUAACCAGUGCUAGCUCCAGAAACACUACCGUGGCUCCCACCAAGGGAGGCGGGACUCAGAACUCAAAGCCAAAGAUUCCAGUUACAGACAGGAAGGUCAACAAGCCUCCUGUCUCAAGCACCAUCAGCCAGUACAGAUUUAACCAGGAGACUGCUGACGAGAGAAGAGCAAAACUGGCUGAGUGGCUGGCUUCCAAAGGCAAGACUUUCAAGAGACCAGCCAUGACAACGGCACCACCCCCAAAAACCAAAGUCUCCAAACCUGAAGCUGAUCUCAAAUCCCGGUCUCAUGUUGAGGCUCAGCCUGCUGCACAGUGCAAACCUGAACCCGAACCCAAACCUCAACCCAGUCUGGAAGCACAUAAGCCAGAGGCUACGGCUGCUCCCUGUGCCGAUACACAGGGAGCAGAGUUAUCAUUCAACCAAACUCCAGUGAUCAUGAACACCACCUUGGAGCUGCUCGAAAACUCCGAUGUGGAUCUGCCUGUUGACCCACAGGACAGAGUGGAUGAUAUUGUUGUGAACCUGUGUGAUGUUUUGGAGGCCAUGGCAACACCCUCUAGAUGCAGUGAUGGACUCUCACAAGCGUCAGAUGAGUAUAAUCACGUUGAAAUGGACGAUGGCAAAGCAAAGGAUGAAUGUAAACAAGAGGAGAUGAAUGAAGUUCCGCAGGAUUCGAGCAAGCAGCCUGAGGGUGAGCAAGUGAAGAAGGCAGAAGAAAGUGAUGAACACAAAGUGGAGAUGGACGACGAUGUGGAAGAAGAAAGUGACGACGAUGUUGAUGAUGGUGUGAUGGAGACCACGCCACAGAUGGAGGAUGCUUCAGUAGUAAAAUACAGUGUGAAGACAACUCCAUACCUGCAAAGUGUCAAGAAGACAAUUGAAGGUGAGGCCAGGGCAAGUACAUCCAGGAGCAAGAGCAACAUCAAAGAUUUGAAGUUUCUGACACCAGUGCGCCGUUCCUGCCGCAUCCAGCGCAAAUCCUCCCACCUGCCGACAAUGCUGGUCGACCAUGAUCCCUGUGUGUCGUCACUGGCUGAGCUGGUGAAGCUGGAUGACGAUCCCAACGCCUAUAUUUACAGAAAAAACCCUGCACUUCUGGAAGAUCUGCCAGACCAGCCCAGACUGUGAGGAGCUGUGUUGCUUUGAAAAAAAAAACAAACCCUUCAGAAAUAUGGAACUGGGGGUAAUGGACACUUUAUACUGAUUUUUAGAAUGGCUUUACUAUUCUGCAUCUGUUCAAAGAAGUUUAAUAUUUUAUUAUAUUGUGGGGAGAAUAUACAAUUCCUGUCAAGUUAUUUUCUGUUUUGAAUGUAUUAGACUUUCCCUUAACACUGUUCAUUUUAAUGUAAAGUUGACAUGUAUUGCCAAAUGCACUACAAUAAAAGAGUAAUUACCUUAUCUUA